AUGUUUAUUUCUAGAGGUUGUGGAGUUUAUGAUGAAAAUGAAUAACAAAAUGGAUUUUGGGUAUAAUUAAAAAGAAAUCAAAUGAAGUAUCAAUCGUUUAAUCAUUUUUUAGUUAAUACCAUCAUGCUAAGAGUCUUGGGCAAUAUGUCCAUGGAAUUAAGGUAGGCACUUGGAAUAUAUUCUUUGGAAACUAAUUUGUGUAUAAAUUAAUUUAAAUUAAGUGGCAAAGGUGCUUAUAAUGAAGAGGGAAAAAAGUAUGGGGAUUGGAUUAAAUUAUCCAAUUAUUCUUAAUUUGAUAAAAGGAAUUUGAAUGGCAAUCCUAUAUUACAUAAAUUAGUUACUUUUGUUGGAGAAUAUACUAAUGGUAAAAAGUCAGGAUAGUGGUAAAUCAAAUAAGGAAAUAUAAUAAUGUAAAUUUUAAAAUAAAUUUAUAAGUGGAGGUGGUUUAUACGAUGAUAUGGGUUAUAAAAAUGGAAAAUGGAAAGAAUUAAGCAACUUUAAAUUGUAUUAUAAUAUAUAAUCAAAUAAGACCAUUUUUUGUAAUUUAAAUAGGAGAAUAUAACAAAGGAUUUAAAUAAGGUAGAUGGGAAAUCUUAUUAAACAAAAAUUAAGGUUUAGAAAAAAUGUACAUAAUUAUUUCACCUAAUAUUUAGUGGUGGGGGUAUAUAUGAUACUUAAGGGAUGAAACAUGGAAAAUGGAUUUCUUUACAUGAUAAUUUUAAUCAGUAUAAAAAAUCAGUAUUUUAGUAAUUGUAAAGUCUUAGAUAUUGGAUAAUAUGAUCAUGGAAUUAAAUAAGGGAGAUGGGAUAUAAAGACUAUUAAAUACUAUGAGCAUGAUGUUCUCACAUAUUACUUUUGGCCUAAAGAUACAUUUUACAUAAUGUCUUAUUUUAUUUAAUAGUAUAUUAGAGCUGGCGGUAAUUACUAAAAUGGAGAAAAAAAUGGAAAAUGGAUUGACUUAGAUGAAAAUUAUAAUUAUCAUAAUCAAAUAUUAUAUGAAGGAGAAUUUUACAAAGAUUUAAAAUAAGGAAAAUGGGAUAUGAUGAAGCAUCAUAAUUCAUUUAUAAACAGAAUGUAAUUUAAUUUAACAUAAAUAGAGGUGGUGGUUAAUAUAAUUAAGAUGGAUUAAAACAUCUGAAGUGGAUUGAAUUGGAUAAAAAUAGAUAAAAGAAACUAAUACUUGUUGAAUACUAAAAUGGAAUUAAAAUAUGUAUUGAAAGCAUGUAAACAGUCAUUUGA